AUGGCAAAUGCUGAGGCAGGCAAGAAGAUCUUUGUUCAAAAAUGUGCUCAAUGCCACACAGUGGAAAAAGGUGGAAAACACAAGACUGGUCCAAACCUCUGGGGCCUUUUUGGCAGAAAAACAGGACAAUUUUCUUAUACCGAUGCAAACAAAAAGAAAGGUGUUAUCUGGGGAGAGGAGACUCUGAUGGAAUAUUUGGAGAACCCAAAGAAAUAUAUCCCUGGAACUAAAAUGGUCUUUGCUGGUCUUAAAAAGAGUGGGAGAGAAGAUCUUAUUGAGUAUUUGAAACAGGCAACAUCUUCAUGA